CAUUUUGCAAGCACAAGAGGUUUUUUCACAUAAAGAGGUUUGUUAGGUGUUUAAGAUUCAAGAUUGAAAAAACGUAAUUGUCUAUCAUAGGGAUUGAAAUUUGUCCAGGGUUGCAUACACAUCAAAACAUUUUAUUAAAACGUUAUUAAACCUACUUUUAAGAAAUAAAAAUGCAAAAUGUAUUUGAAAAAAGAACGACAGGGGUAAUGUUCAAAAUGAAGACAAAAUAUUUUAUCAGAGAAGAUGCUCAUAGUUUGUGUGCUGAAAUAAUAAAUCCACCAGAGAUUGUAAAAAAUGCCACAAACAAAGUGAAGUGACUUCCAAGAAAAUCUCUAGCAUGCAUUUGAUAUAUCUUUUUGUUAUCUUUAAUGCAAUAACAUUCAGAUACAUUAAAUGUGUCUAUUGUACAUUAAAAACAGUGCCAUGCAUUUAACGUUACAAAAUGUACAGUAAAAAGAUUCUGUACUGUUAUGGGUCACUAAUCAAAUGAUACAAUUUGUUUCUGUUCACACCUUUGUAUAAAAGGUCAGAUGUCAUUAAAUUGAAGAGCAACAUGUUAUUUCAAUUUUUCAUUCUUGAAUCAUGCUGGAAAAUUGCUAGUUUUUUUUCUCAAGUUGGCAUAGACUGUGAUUUAUCAAACCUCAUGUGGCCAGAAUGAGUCUGAUAGCAUCAAACGCUCUCAACAUAAAUACAGAGUUUAUGGGGUUUGACAAGAGGAAAUAAAAUGGCCUCUUCCAUGUCAUCAGGACUGGUCAGAAAAUUGCUCUUAUUUAUUAGUGAAACUCUGUUAUUACUGGUAAAGCCAUUUACACACUUCUAAUGCCAUUUAAAAUCGAAUUAAUUUUUAUACAUACUCAAGAAAAUGUUAACUGAUGCUAACACCGCCUUGAUGUCGGGAUGCUGUGGGUCAUACUGGCCAAAAUUUGAACUUUAAGUUUCUAUAUUCUGGGCCCAAGAGAUUGCUUUGGUCACACUUUAUACAUCUAAAGUACAUACAGGCCUAUGUAUUUGCAACAAUUUGUCAGAGACUAAUAAAUGAAUUUGACAAGCAGGUCUGAGGCCAAAGUAACUCUCGCCUUAUUUUCUUUACACCAUUAAGCAUAUUGGUCACACUUCCGGCUGCCAAUAUUGCCAAUGUGUCCCCUUUCCGAGUCUCUUAAAAUAGAAGCCACAGGGGUCAUCGGGAUGAUACAGUUGAGUAACGGCCGCAGGCAUCGUGGGGAAUAAAUCUCAGCAGCCUCUUAAAUAAAUGAAUUAAACGGGCAAUUUGCCUGCCCCGACUCCAUCCCGCGAGUGCUGCUUUCCCACCUGCGUUCGCUGGAUUUAUGAACUUGGCUGGAUUACAUUCUGGCCUGGUAAAAGACUGCGGCCCGUCACUGACGCACAAAGUCUGUGACUGUCUCUCACUUUUAUUGAUCCAUUCAUCCGUCCUCUCUGAAUUUACAAGCACAGAAUAUGCACAAGUGCAUCCGUGAUGGAGAUUGGGAGACGUAACGUGGAGGUGCUUUUGAGACGUAUAUAAGAUGGGGUAGUAACAGGACGAGUGCGUUGAGACCAGACCUCCCGGCUGAAGUCACAAGCGAAAGACUUUGUGUGCAUUUGUGUGUAGCCUACGUGUCAUCAUGAUCUGUAAACUGCAUCUGUGUGUUGCUGUACUUCUCACCGCCCUGGAGGUGAUGCUCGGACAUCCGGUGGUGCAGACCGGGGAUAUGACCUACGGCAGGCCAGUUCUUGUAGAAGACGAUCAGGUGGUCAGUCCAGAAGAUCUGAGUUACUCAGAGCAAGCGUUUUUGUCCCAGGGCUCUGCGGGAUUCGGCUACCCGUCCAUCAUCACCGGAGACCUCGGCCGUGACGGUCUCAGAACAGCUGGAUUUGUUCCCCGCCAAGCUGUGAAAGAAGUUCUGCUGGAGAAGCAGCUGAUGAAUCCUCUCAGUCGUUUCCUGGGCGGCAGGAAGCAAUAUCACAAGAGAGGAAGCAAUUCAGAGUGUUUCUGGAAAUACUGCGUGUGAAAAUAUCAAGACGGACAAACACGCAAGCACUUACACAACACAUACAUGCACCUGCAGGUGUUCUCGCACGCUUCACAUGUGUUUUCAUGCAAACAUGUUGUGGGCCUGAUGCACUAAAUUUAACAAAACCGUUUGGUGAAAAUGUAUCUGUAAAUGACUGAGCUUCAGCUCAGAUGUAAAUAAAGUAAAUAUGCUUGAAAAAGCUUUUUUGGUCUGUGUUUGUAUUGUUAGAACAUCACUAAUACAAACAUGAAUUCUAUAAGAGUAUUUUAGUCUGUUGAAGUGCAUGUGGAUUGACGUUUAACAAUACAGUUCAUGUCACUGUGGUCUUUUAUUUAUAAUUAUCAUGUAGUGUCACAAAAUAUUUCCCUGAAUUAGACACAAAAUGGCUUUUUUUAG